AUGCUCGCGUGUGAAGAUGAGAUCCGUUCGAUCGAGAAAAACAAUACGUGGACUCUUAUGGAGUUACCACAUGGUGCUAAGGCAAUUGGAUUGAAGUGGGUGUUCAAGCUCAAGAGGAACUCUGAUGGAAGCAUUAACAAACACAAAGCUAGGCUUGUUGCCAAGGGAUAUGUUCAACGUUAUGGAAUAGACUUUGAGGAAGUGUUUGCACCAGUAGCUCGGCUCGAAACAAUACGGUUUCUAAUUGGUCUUGCUGCAUCAAGAGGAUGGGAGAUACAUCAUCUUGAUGUCAAGACAGCUUUUCUCCAUGGAGAGUUAAAAGAAAUCGUCUAUGUCUCGCAGCCAGAGGGUUUUGAAGUAAAAGGGAGUGAGAACAAAGUCUAUAAGCUCCAUAAGGCACUAUACGGUCUGAGGCAGGCACCAAGGGCGUGGAACAAUAAGUUGAAUCAGAUUCUCAUGGAACUUAAGUUUGUUAAGUGCUCAAAGGAACCAUCGGUUUAUCGCAAGGCUAUUGGUGAUAGUCUCCUCCUUAUCGCCGUGUAUGUUGAUGACUUGUUCGUUACAGGAACUAACAGAAGGAUCAUUGAUGAGUUCAAAGACGAGAUGGCCACCAAGUUUGACAUGAGUGACCUCGGGAAGUUAACAUACUACCUCGGAAUGGAGGUGAAACAACACGAUGGUGGAAUAAUGCUUAACCAGAAGCGUUAUGCGUUGAAGAUCUUAGAGGAAGCUGGAAUGGAGAACAGUAAUCCUGUUCACACACCAAUGGAGUCUGGACUGAAGUUGUCCAAGGCCGGAGACGAGACAGAUAUUGACGCCACCCUGUUCAGAAAGAAUGUUGGCUGCCUACGAUAUUUACUUCACACAAGACCGACUUGUGUUACAGCGUAUCUACAAGGCACAACCACUCUGGGACUAACCUUUGAGAGAUCUACUUCAAAGGUACCAAGGUUGAUAGGUUACAGUGACAGCAGCCACAAUGUGGAUCCAGACGACGGGAAGAGCACAACGGGCCACAUAUUCUAUCUUGGUGAAAGUCCUAUCACGUGGUGUUCUCAGAAGCAAGAAACAGUUGCAUUAUCAUCGUGUGAAGCAGAGUUUAUGGCAGGUACAGAAGCGGCGAGACAAGCAAUUUGGCUCCAAGACUUGCUUGGUGAAAUCACUGGUACAACGCGUGAAAGAGUUGUUAUUCGCAUUGACAACCAGUCUGCAAUAGCUCUCACAAAGAAUCCGGUGUUUCACGGUCGAAGCAAACAUAUACACACGCGGUAUCAUUUCAUAAGGGAGUGUGUCGAGAAUGAGCAAAUUGAGGUCGAACACGUUCCCGGAGAAAAACAAAAGGCGGAUAUCCUGACCAAAGCAUUGGGAAGAAUCAAGUUCAAGGAGAUGAGAGAUCUCAUGGGAGUUCAAGAUCUAGAGAAGACAGACUUCAAGCUUAAGGGGGAAAAUGUUGAAGUAAGCUUGAAGAAAGCUUGA